AUGUCGUUCUCUCUCAUGCGCUGGGCAAGCUUGGUCAUGCUGGGCAUGCAAGCUUCCCAAGUCUUCGCUAUUUCUCAGAUUUCUGCUGUUGGUGCCAAAUUCUUUAAUUCAUCCGGAGAUCAAUUUUACAUUAAGGGAAUUGCCUAUCAAUUAUCUGAUAACGAUCCACUGGUCAAUGAAGCGCAAUGCAAGUUAGAUGCAGCUCUCAUGAAAGAGCUAGGCGCCAACACAAUAAGGGUCUACCACGUCGACCCCGAUGGAGACCACGAUGGUUGUAUGUCCGCAUUUUCCGAUGCAGGGAUCUAUCUGUUUGUCGACUUGGAAACCUUCAACUCGGCUAUUGAUCAGUCUGCUCCCCACUGGAACAGCACAAUGUUGAACGCCUACACAAAGGUGCUGGACACCUUCCACGGCUACGACAACUUGGCCGGUGUCUUUGUCGGAAAUGAAGUCUUGACCAUGACCAACGGCUCCUGGGCCGCUCCCUACGUCAAAGCCGCCGCUCGCGAUGUCAAGGCCUACCGCGAUUCCAAGGGUUACCGCCAGAUCCCCGUCGGUUACGCCGCUGCCGAUAUCGCCGAUCUUCGUCCCAUGUUGCAAGACUACUUGGCCUGCUCGACCAAUUCGUCCGAAGACUUGGAUUUCUUUUCGUUGAAUGCUUACGAGUGGUGCGGAGACAAUACUUUUACCGGAUCUGGAUACUCGGAAUUGCAGAAGAAUGCCACUGGCUACUCGAUCCCCAUUUUCUUCUCCGAGACUGGCUGCAAUACCUCUCCUCCCCGUACCUUUGAAGAUCAAUCAGCUAUCUUCGGUAGUGAUAUGGCCGAUACCUGGUCCGGCGCUAUCAUCUACGAAUGGAUCGAGGAAGCCAAUAACUACGGUUUGAUCAGCUACGGGCCCAGCGUCGCCGCCACUGCUACUGGUACCAACAUCGUCGGUGGCUACACUCGCGGCGGCACACCUACCCCCGUCUCCCCUGAUUUCUCCAACUUGAAAUCUGUCUGGGCUACCUUGAACCCAACCGGUGUCGCUUUGUCUGCUUACAGCGCGUCCGCCUCCAAGAUUACCCCCUUGGCUUGCCCUGCUGAGACAUCUGGUAUCUGGAACGUGAACCCUACUGCAGCUCUGCCCACUGUCGGCCAGACUGCUGAUGCCUCUGGAACUGGCUCUAGUGGCACUACCACCGGCGGCUCCACCGGUACUGCUUCUGGCGCGUCUUCGACCGCCACUUCGUCCAAGGGUGCUGCACCUGUCGGUAUUGUGACUCCUGGAUCUGCUGGCGCCACGAGUGCGGUUGUCAUCUAUGGUGUUCUUGUCGGAUUUACUGGACUUAUGGCUUGGUGGUUGUAA